AUGAAGGUCUUCAGCAACAGUGUCACUUUCAACUAUUCGUGGGAGGAGGUUUCCACGGCCAACUGGCGAAAGUACUGCCCAUGGAACGACAAGUCAACACACGUGAUCGCUGUCGACACGGUCGACCGUCGCGUCGACCCGGCCACCGGCAUCCUACGCACCGAACGCCUGAUCACUUGCAAGCAAACUGCGCCAGACUGGCUCAAGUCCCUCAUGGGUGGCUCUAUGGAUGUUUCCCAUGUCUUCGAGACCUCCUACGUCGACCCCGCCCGCCGCACAGUCACCAUGGUCUCCCAGAACCUGACCUGGUCCAAUCUCGUCAACGUCCAGGAGACGGUCAUCUACAAGCCUCUCAGCCCUACCCAAACGCAGUUCAUUCAGGACGCCCAGGUCACUGCCCUCUGCGGUGGCUGGAAUCGCAUCAAAAACAGCAUCGAGGACACCUUGGUGAAGCGCUUCAACGAGAACGCUGUCAAGGGCCGCGAGGGCUUCGAGGCCGUCCUUGCUAUGAGCCGCCGUGUCUUCGCCGAAGAACGUGAGCGGGAACAGUUGCUCAAGCAGGGCACUAUGAGGGCAUAA